AUGACCCAACGCAACUCCUUCCAACCCCCUCCCUCCUCACAACAGAUUGAUCAGAGCCAGGAGCUGGUGGCAAUCGGCGCCGCGAAUAUCGUCAGCAGUUUCGUGCGCUCGUAUCCGGCAACUGGAAGUUUUUCCCGCACCGCCGUCAACUCUGCAAGCGGUGUUGAGACGCCAAUGGGCGGAAUUGUCACCGGUGCAAUCGUCAUCCUCGCACUGCAGUUCCUCACAUCGCUCUUUGAGUACAUUCCGCAGGCCGCCCUCGCCUCCAUCAUCAUCUCGUCUGUCGUCACCAUGAUUGACUUCAAGGUUGUGCUCAGCAUUUUCCGCGUGUCAAAGCCGGACCUGCUUCCCUAUGCAAUCUCUUUCUUUGGAACUCUCUUCCUCGGCAUCGAGGAUGGUGUUGGCAUCGCUGUGGGUGUCAACGUCCUUUAUCUCCUCUACAUAUCCGCACGGCCCGGAAACACGCUGUUGUCCCAGCGGCAGGGUCGGUUUGAGGCGAGCAAGUUCAGCGAUGCGUUGGUGAAACGCAUGCCGGGAGGAAUCAUGGUGCUGCAGCUUGGCGGAAGCCUGAUGUUCCCUGCUGUGGAGCACAUCAAGGACAUGUUGGUUGAGCUGCGUCGUGAGUCGUCAUGUCCAGCCGUCAUUGUCGACUUCUCAAAGGUCUCCUUCAUCGACUACACAGGGGCGCACGGGCUGCAAGAUGUUUUGCGCGAGCUUGAGAGCGAGCACGUGCGUCUUCUCUUCUGCUCCGUCUGCCCGCGCGUGCACGCCAUUCUUCUUCGCAUGAACGUCCAGGCGGCAACACAUGUAUUCGAGUCGGUGACAGAUGCGUUUAUCGUGGCGCAGGCGGACGAUUCGCCCGCUGACAACAACACCCAAACCGAUGAUGCAUCGUCACACCUUCUGGAGGGCUAUGCCAGCAGCAACUAUGCCACCCUGCCCCUCAACUGA